GAGCGCAACAUGAGCGCAACUCAGUGUUUAGCAAAUCACUCCCAGGAUGGCUGAAGAGACACAACACCGCGGCUAGGCUCGAGAAAUGCCGAACUAAAGUUCAUGCUCAGGAAAUAGAGCCUCCAGGCUGCAGGAGGGAGAAAGUGCGGUGUGUGUAUGUGUGUGCGUGUAAACCUGGGCCGUGACGCACAAGUGAUGGGUCCGAGGAGGAAGGCUUCUAAACUCCAGCCUGUAUUGGGCAGCAGUGGAGGGGAACUGGUCCUGAGACCUACUGAGCCCAAAGACUACAUCAAUGAGCUGUCCCAUGAAGUCCUCUGUCAUAUAUUCAGGUAUCUUCCCAUGAAGGACAUUAUGUGUAUGGAAUGUUUGUCGAGAAAGCUUCGGGAAGCUGUAACUCUGUACCUGCGAGUGGUCAAGGUAGUGGAUCUGUGCGCUGGUCGGUGGUGGGAGUAUAUGCCUUCAGGCUUCACAGACAGCAGCUUUCUGCUCCUUUUGAAGAAGAUGCCAGAUCUGGAGCAGCUCUAUGGCCUCCACCCACGAUACCUUGAGAGGAGACGAGUCAGAGGCUACGAGGCUUUCAGUAUUCCCGGAGUUCUGGAGGCACUGCAGGCUUGUCCCAAUCUGCUGGGUGUGGAGACGUCCCAUCUGGAGCUGGUGGAGGCCAUAUGGAACUACAUGCCCCAGGUUCAUAUAUUGGGAAAGUUCCGCAACCGUAAUGGGGCUUUUCCCAUUCCUGCGGAGAACAAACUGACCAUCCCCAUAACUGCAAAGAUCCAGACCCUUCAUCUUGUGGGUGUGAAUGUCCCGGAGAUCCCGUGUGUGUCCAUGCUGCGCCACCUUUACCUGAAGUGGGUUCGUCUCACCAAACCUCAGCCGUUUAAGGACUUCCUGUGUGUGAGCCUGAGGACCUUUGUCAUGCGGAACUGUGCAGGGCCAACCAACUCGCUCAAAUAUGUUCCCUUGGUUACUGGUCUGGCAUCAGCCCGGAACCUGGAGCAGCUGGAGCUGGUGAGAGUGCCCUUCCUGGGAGGGCUGAUCCAACAUGUGGUGGAGGACAGCUGGAGGUCAGGGGGAUUUCGUAACCUUCACACCAUUGUGUUUGGAGCCUGUAAGAACGCUCUGGAAGUGGACUUGGGCUACCUCAUCAUCACUGCUGCUCGCAGGCUUCAUGAGCUGCGUAUCCAGCCCUCGCUGACUAAAGAUGGAGUCUUCUCAGCUCUCAAAAUGGCUGAACUAGAGUUUCCUCAGUUUGAGACGCUUCAUCUGGGAUACGUGGAUGAGUUCCUGCUGCAAUGUAAGAUGAGCCAUUCGGAGCUGGUGAAGUACGGUCUGGCUGAUGUCAUCGAGAACCCGGGCAUCAUCACUGAUAUCGGCAUCAAGGUGGUGAACGAGGUGUUCACUAACAUUAAAUACCUGCUCAUCUACAACUGUCCUCACCUGCAUAACCCUCACCACUGGAUCACAGAUCAGUCCAGAUGGAGUCGUCUUGUUGAUCUCACUCUGGUUCGCUGUCAUGCCAUCAAAUUGGAAUCCUUCUCCCAGUUCAUCGAGUUACUGCCCAGUCUGGAGUUUAUCUGUCUGGACCAGAUGUUUAGAGAACCACCCAAGGGCUGUGCCAGGGUGGGCCUGAGUGCAGGAACUGGGAUUGGCGUGUCCUCUGCACUGGUCAGCAACCAAAACUCCAACAAUGACAAUGAUAACAACAACAAUCACCACCACCACAACAAUGAGGCGAACCUGCCUCCCCCUCCUCCACCUGUCAACAACAACAUCAACAACAACAACCAAAGACAACAACAGCAGCAGCAACAACAUAAUGCACCUGUAGAGGUAAAUGGGCUGGAGGAUGAAGAGGAAGAGGAAGAGGAGGAGCUGAUAAUGGAGGAGGAGAACAUUGAGGCCGAGCCUCACAUGGAGCUGAAAGGAGCAGGAGGGGAGGUGAGAGCUACAGAAGCUGAUGUGGCUCCAGGGCCCAGUCGUCCCGCUGGAACAUCACAACCUCCUGAUGAGGAGCAAGCAGGUCCCAGUGGUUUAGUCCAGCAGUGCAGACCAGCUGGUGCUGCUGUUCCCAAGCCCCCGCUGGUCAUCUCCGACUCUGACAGUGAGGAAGAAGAGGGCCUUGUUUCGAGGCUAAUGCCAACUUCCUGUUUGCAGCAGCCAGCCUCCUGUACAGAAGGUAAAGGAAAGACUCCUCUGAGGCGCAGCAACAAUGUGGCUGUAUCAGUAGCGGUGUCGGCGGACCACACCAGGGCUCAGGUGUUAGAGAGCAGCUGUGAGAAGAGCUGCCAGGUGACCAGUGAACAGAUCAAGGCAGACAUGAAGGCAGCUGCUGAGAGCAGCAGAAGGACUAGUGCUAAAGGAGUUGCUACUGAGACUGUGGAUACUACUGCGAGACCUGGGGCCGACAGUGGGACAGUACGGGGCCCUGGGAGUGCUGGGGCAACAGCAAGGACCACAGUGAGACCAGUGCCUGGAUCUGUGGGCAGGGCUGGACUUGCAACACCCACAUCCAGGCAGGUGGGUGGAUGUGGGAGAGUGGUGGCAGGGACCUCCCACAGAGCAACCACAACCACUGACAGAGCAACAGCAACCAGCAGGACUCAUGAGAGCACAGAGGGCCCCUCUGGACCACAGGCUGGGGUCAGUAGCAGCAGGGAGACUGGGGCGAGGCAGAGCUGUGGACCUGCCUGUGCGGACAGUGUGGAGCCCAGAGGUGCUGCUGUGAACCAUGUCUCCAGAAGACCAGCACCGCAGGCUGGACAGGGACAGAGACAAGUUGCCCCUGCUGGUUCUACCCCUGCUGGAUCUGCCUCUGCUGGAUCUUCCCCUGCUGGGUCUAACUCUGCUACUGCUUCAGUUGCACAGCAGGCUCAGGCCAGAGAUGAGAACUUUGUCCCUAGACGACCUUUGACCCGAUCUUGCACUCGUAUGUCCUCUGUGUCCCUGAUAACUGAGACAGAUCUUUCAAUAGCCAGGCCUCGAGUAGCAGUGAGGAGGAAACGAAUGGCUGACAAAUCAACCAGCACCUCAGACCCGGUCACUGAGGACGACCACGUACAGAUUUUGUCUCUGAAGAGUAAGAACCUGGUGGGCAUCACACUGACCAACUGUGGAAUCACUGACCUGGUCCUCAAAGACUGCCCCAAGAUGAUGUUCAUUCAUGCCACCAGAUGUCGAGUGCUGAAGCAGCUGCGAGUAGAAAGCGCCCCCAUAGUGAACAGGUUUGAUUACGCUCAGUGUAAGAAGCUGGACAUGGAACAGGUGCUGGAUCAGAUACUGAGGAUGCCUCCUGAGAGGAACCGCAUAAUCUACAUGCGUCCUAUGCACCAGAUUGACUCAGUAGCGUUGGAGCGUCAGCUCUUCCAGGGGCCCUACCCCUAUCACAUAGCUAUAGUGCAUGAGUUCAGCAACCCUCCAAAUAUACGCAACAAGGUUCGCAUUCGCAGCUGGAUGGACACCAUCGCCAACAUUAGCCAAGAGUUGAUCAAGUAUGAGUUUUUCCCAGAGGCCACUAGGACAGACGAAGAUGUGAAGAAGUAUCCCAAAUACCCGUGGGGUCGGGACAUCUACACACUGGAGGGAGUGGUGGAUGGCGCUCCCUACAGCAUGAUAACAGACUUCCCCUGGCUGCGGACUCUAAGAGCAGCUGAUCCAAACAGCUAUGCCCGCUACGACUUUGAGGACGAUGAAAGCACCACCAUCUACGCACCGCGACGGAAAGGCCAGCUGUCAGCCGACAUCUGCAUGGAGACCAUCGGCGAAGAGAUCUCGGAGCGCCGACAGAGCAAAAGAGGAGUGUUUCAGAGAGUGGUGGUCCUGUUCCUCCAUCACUGUGACACACCAGGAGAACCUGUUGAUGAUGACUACAUCUGAAGACCACACACACUCCUCUGUCCAUCCCAUCAGGAGACCUGCUGCAGCACUGCCCGAGCUUCUCACUCAGUAUGCUUUUCAUGGUUUUAUUUGGGAACAAGACAUAGAGAUGUCAGGUCUGUUGGGAUGACGGUCACAACAUAGUCUAAGGCUGUAUUUGUUAUUAUAUAAGCAAGGUGUUAAAGCAUGUAUGAGCACCUUAGAAGCAUUAAUUCUCAAAUAAAAGCAGAGAAAAAGACAAAUAUUGAGAUGGUGAAAGUUAUGGCUUAAAUGGUAAAUUCAGGACAUACAUUUCCAUUUAGUCAGUAAAAAAUGAUCAUGAUGUAGUUAGAAAUUAAGGCCUGUCCCUAAUAGUCCUGUUUCAAGUAAAAGCGAUUAUUAAGAGCAUAAGCCCAGCUGGCUGCACAGGGAGUGUUUUCAGCCGCGUGUCUUCUAUGACGCAGAGAAGCACUCUGCUGUAGUGAUGGUCUGAUCUCUCACCUGUCCACUGCCACAGUCCGCCUACCUCUGUAUCACACAAGACCAGUCACAGACAGAAAUGGCCUUAGACAGAAAUGUCAAAGAAAAUCUUUCUGAAUCUCCUUGAUUCAGUUUGAAGAGUGUUCUUUGGAGGGUUUUUUGUUUCUUUUCAUGUGCAGAAGAGCUGGUAGCUCUGGAUGGUUGACAGUAUGUGUCUUAGCUUUGCAUUUUACCUCAGCAAACACCAAAUGGUGAAGAAACAAAAAUAUGUUGAGUCCAUAAAGAACAGUUGCAGAUUAUUCCCUGCAGCUGAUUUUCAUAUAAAGUAUCAGUCCUCUUUGCAUGUUAAGGAUUUGGGAUACAGAGAGAAAGCCCUGCUGCAAGGAAACUCCUGUUGAAAAUAAUGGAUACGUUGACAGCGUGCCCCAAACCGCAUAAAAAUCACAAACCUCCCAUACAAAUCCAACAUGCUUUACAUGGCUUUGUUAUGUUGAGAUGCUAAAGUUACCGCUGACUGAGCAGCAUUAUGGGAGCCAACAGAACUGCUGCAGUUCUGACCUUUCCAAAUGACCGAAAACAUGCUUUUGGUUGAAUAGUUCAGCCCUGGUCUCACAUGUUUAAAACUAUAAGAAUGAGCACAACCGAAGCUUAUUCAGCAGCCUUCCUCUCUAUCAUCACCAUCAUAAAAAACUGGGCAAACCCAUACCCUGAAAAAAUGUUGGCAUUGUAGAUUUCUGCAAACACCAGGUCUGUUAUCUUUGCAUGUUAUAGUUGUGGUUAGAAAAAGAUCAUGUUUUGGCUUGAAACACUUGGAUUAAGGGGUACUAUCCCUGCUUAAGCUUUUCAGACUAAUAAAUAUAUGAAAAAAGUAA